GUGACCUGAAUCAAUAUUUGUGUACAAAAAGUAGGGAUCUCUCACGUAGUCUACUAAUCUAACUAACCUGCUUUCGUUUGAAAUCCCAGGCCACUUUAACAUAAAAUCUGUGAAGUAGAAGUCUCAUCAAGAACAUUUAUUUUUAUCAACACUAUGACUUCACUGGGACUGUUGUUUUUUAGUCUGACUUUUUUGGGCCAUUUUACUGUCCACACCAGACCAGCAGUUGGCCACUUGCGUAACAUGGACAGUUUAAUUCGGGCUGUGCAGCAGGUUGAAGAAUCGAACCCCAACCUGUCCCCCCUGGCUUUGGUGCGAGCUCUGCGCAGAAUAGCUGGUCAUGAUGAUGCUAUGACUGUUCACUUCUUGGGCACUUCCCAUGUUUUCACUGCUACUGCUGGUCUAGAGACUGCCAUCCUCAAUAGCUCAUCCUUUAGCUUUUUUGACAAGGCCCUCCACCACAUAGUCACUGACAAUGGCGAAGAAAGGGGUGUAGUACUGGCUCCCGAUGGUACCACUGUGGCCCUAGCACCUUUGAUGCUUGGGAUAGAAGCAGGACUAAAUGCCUGGACUGAAGGGGCUGCUCCUGUAGGGCUAUUUCCUCUCACACUUGGAAGAACAUUGGGUUUGACUUUCCUCAGCCUCCAAGAUUUUCCUGUGGUGUACCGUUUAGGGCCAAACGGAUGCUGGGAUAAUGCAGAGUACCCAAAAGUCUUCAAACUCUACCACACACCUACUUUAGCUACAGAAGCUGUCAUAAGUGGAGGCAUGGACGGGCUUAUACUUGGGAAACAUCUAAGCAACCUGCCUAAAUCUGAAACUUUGCCAACCCUGAGUGAGAUUUUGAAAGGAUACUACAUUUUUGACCUACGCGAGGGGCAGGGUCUGGAUGGUUUGACUGAUAAAAUAAGCCCAAAAAGAAGACAGUUAUCGCGGCUGAUCUUGGAGCCUGUAGAUCUUCAAAAUGAAGUGAUGGAGACUCUGGCGUUGGUAUGGCAACUGGAGAGGACUGAGUGGAUAGCCUUUGACACUGGGAUUCGCCAAGCAGUCAGUGAGGGACUACAAGAGUUCGUGCGCAAGUACUGGGACUGCCCCCAGGUUAUUCCCCGGUGCCAAUGGGGAGCAAAGCCACGUGUUGGGACCCCGAUCCCCCUGUCCCUGCCUCUGAAUAAUCUGUUUGUCCAUCACACCUCCACUCCCUCCUCUCCCUGUCUGACCUUCCCUGAGUGCGCCCGGGACAUGAGGUCCAUGCAGCGCUUCCAUCAGGAGGACCGCGGCUGGAGUGAUAUAGGAUACAGUUUUGUGAUGGGUUCAGAUGGAUAUGUGUACGAAGGCGCUGGCUGGAAUAUAGUGGGGACGCACACCAGAGGUCAGAACAGUGUUGGGUACGGAGUGUCUUUCAUUGGGAACUACUCUGCGGUCCUGCCCUCACGCUACUCCAUAGAUCUGCUGCGUCACCGGCUGGUGAAGUGUGCCGUGGAUGGAGGUCGACUGGUCUCCAACUUCUCUCUCAAAGGCCACAGACAAAUGGUCAACUACACAGCCUGUCCUGGAGACGCACUCUUCUCUGAAAUAAGAGGAUGGGACAACUUUAGGGAGUGACAGCUGGCAGAAGUCUUUUACAGAAACUAAUCAAAAUGUGUACUCUAAAGUGAUAUUACUAAAUAUUGAGGAUGUAAAGAUAAAGUGUUUGAAUCAAUUUGUAAAAUCAGAAAAUGUAGUUAUUUUUUAACUUGUGAUUAAUAGCAAUAGAAAAGAAAAAAAAAGCAGAAAGACCAAACCUAAAGAGCUUCACUUCUACAGACAAAUAAAAAGACAAUCCUGACAUUAACUUAAAACAAAACAAAACAAAAACUAAAUUUGUUUAUUUGAUACACACAUAGCAGUUAUUGGACAAACCAUAUGUUAAGGUGGGGGACGAGGGACCCAAAAGCAGAAUCAGAACACAGUCAAGUUUAAGCAGUUUAUUGUACAAACGAAGGCAGGCUGAGGAGGCAGGGAGCUGGCCAACUUCUCCGGAGGCAACGGCAGACGACCAGGAGACACCUGGGAGAAAACAGGAGUAGGUAAAUCCAGGGCAAACAAUAAGCAAGACAGGAAUAAAUCCAAGAGCCUGGUCACGCUACAGAACAGGACGGAAUUAUCUGGCAAAGUGGUGAUGAGAAGACCAGGGCUAAAUACUGAGGUAGAUGAAGGGAUUGAUUGCAGGUGUGUCUCGUCUGCUCCGGAAAAAGCCAGCCACGCCCCCUGCCACACUCAGGCUCUGAAACAGAAAAGGGAGGGGGAGAGAACAAAAACACAAAUCCUAACACCAUAUGCACUGUCUCAAGUGUUAGAACAAAACAAAACCAAAAGCAAAAGUGGAGAAAAGAAAAAAACAUCACGUCCAUACAAGUCUCUGAAGGCAGUUCAGAUUACAUUGAACAAAACAAAACCAAAAGCAAAAGUGGAGAAAAGAAAAAAACAUCACGUCCAUACAAGUCUCUGAAGGCAGUUCAGAUUACAUUAUAUAUUUUUUUUAUUUGCAAGAAAAACUAAUCCACAAUAUUAACUUUGUAUACAGUAUAGCAUAGUCAUAUAGCAUAUAGUUAGUUGAAGAUCUUUAGGUCAAUCUAAGUUUUUAGGUCAAUGGUUUUUGGGUUAGUGGUUUUUAUGCUCUAAAUCUGAAUUUUGGACCUCUACAGAGUCCCCACUGACAGAGACCCUCACAUCUUACUGACUGUGUUGUGGUAAUAUUAGUAAGUUGUGCAGUUGUGAGAGAAGGAAAUAAAAGGCAUUGAGUCUAACAACAGUUUUUGAGGAGUUUAUUCUCUUAUGGGAUAGUCAUAUAUAUUAUACAUUUAUACAUUUCCAACAGUAAAUUGCAGAUUAUGCAUACCAAACAUCAUUAGCCGUGCAUUCUUUCCAAGCAUUAAUUCCAACAACAAAAACAACAGACAAUACAAACAU